AAACAGAAACCAAGUCUGCAGAAAUGCAGAUGUGAUAAUCUUGUCAGAAAGACUGGAGUCAGGAAACUGGGAUUACGAAGAAAGAUCCCUAGAAUCAACAACCCCUCACACCAAAAAUCUAAGAGUCAUCUGCCCCAGCCCCAAGGAAGCAGGAUGUGACCUUUGAGACAUAAUAGGAUUAACCCACCACCAUCAGAAUACCAGAAAGGCACACUCAGAAAAGUUCUUGCUACAGGAACAACUCCAAACAAAAGACUCCACAGGGUAUAAAAACCCACUCCCUACAUGUGCUCACUCUCUUUUCUUCCAGAGCCAUCUUUCUGUCUAGCUCUCCUCUUCAAUAAACUGCCACCUUCUUUCUAACGCAGUCACCAUUUGUUUAUUCCCGGCUUGGACUGAACCAUGAUGAAGACUUUUCCUUCAACAAUAGUAAUGCAAAGUAACAUUUCAGAGUAUGGCGGGACUCCUAUAUUUACUUAGAGAAGAACUGUAGUGUGGCAGAAUAAGGGAGGCCUUUCAGUGAGGUGCGUUUAUUUUUCCUGCAUUUGGGGAGGUGGGUGAUGAAUCCAUUCAAGUGUGCAAAAAAACACCAUCUCGUUCAGCCUGAACUGAUAAAAACCGGGUCUCCUUUAAAUCCUCGUGGUUCCGGGUGACAGCACAGGCCCACCCCUUCAGUGUUCUUGACAGUAAGACAAAUGUGGCUUGCCGCUGAUUUCUAUUUUUCGUUUGCCCAGACUUCUUCCUAUCUCCUCCGCAGAGAAUAAGGUGCUAUAUCGGAACGGGUGACGUCGAGUUUUAGGUUUCCCUUUGCUGCCAUCACAGCGGCCGUCCGGAUUUUUUGCAACCCAGACAUGGUAACGAAAAGGGGGAGGGAGGAGGAGGAGAGAUGAGCCCAGGCGCGGUGUCGGAUAAAGGCUUUCCUCCAAAGAAACUUGUGUCCUUGAAACAUAGUUACAUAAGAAAACCCAAAGCAGGCAACACCUAGGCCCAACUUACGAAGCUUUACGGCAGGCAACCCUAAAUAAACAGAAAAGCUGAUUUAGAACUCUUUUGUUACCCAACCAAUAAAUACCAGUCAACCUUCCUCCGCCCUCCCUUUUCCCGUAGCCAGUACCAAUUAGCGGGGAUUCUCCUGCAAAAAGUCCAGCAAUUGUCCCACCCCUUCAUGGAAGGCGCCAGCUAGGUGGAGCUCGUCUAGGGGAAGCGACUCCAGGCCGCGGAAGCUGCCUCCGUCUGUCCCGUCCCCCCCACCUCCCGCCUCUCGCCUGCCCCUGCUACCGCCCUCUUCUUGCUCUUCAAGCCGUAGACGAAAUCGGGCCGCUCCCUGAGCGAGACGUCCAGAAAAUGAGGGUCGUUUGGCCUUGGCUCGUCCUGGCGCUCUUAGGCUGGAGCCACUGCAGCGGUUUUAACGCUCGGGAACCGCAGACGGAAGUUCCUUCUCCGAAAAACGUUACUGUAAAAUUAUAUAACAACAACAUCUCUGUAUGCUGGGAUUAUGGAAGCCCAUCCUUAAGACCUUUAUUUACAGUGCAGAUCAAGUGCUACGGCACUGGUGUUUACAAGGAAAUUGAUACUUGCAUCAACAUAAAGCAACAUUAUUGUGAUCUUACCAACAAAACUGAUAACUGAGAAACUUUCUGGUUAGGAGUGAAAGCUCUUUCUGGACAACACCAAUCUGAAUACGUUGAACAAAAAUUUGACAUUCUCCGGGAUGGCCAAAUAGGACCUCCAAAGUUCAAUCUUUCCAUUGAUAAUCAGGAUAUUGUAGUCAAUAUUGAACCGCCUUUAUUUCCAUAUGGUGAUCUAAUUGAGGAGUUUACCUACAAAUUGUUCAUUUGGAAAAGGGAAAACCCAGAAGAGCGACAAGAAGUUAUCUCAGAUGACUGGUAUCUUGAGCCAUCCACUUUACCUCUGUCUGUUUCUUUGGAUACCUCUUACUGUAUUUCCACUCAAGUCUUUUCACCGACACUAACAAAGGUUGGUGAAGAAUCAGAAGAAAAAUGCAUCUCACCAACUCCCAAGUCCCGCCUAGGUUUUACACUAUUGGUAUGUUUUGGAAUUAUUGCCUUGGUUAUUCUGGCAAUCAUUCUUGUCGUAGUCUUUAUAAAAUUUAAGGAGAGAAAAAUUACGCUUCCAAAAUCUCUGGUGGCUGUGGUAAGAAACCAAGUCAGCAAUGCCGAAUUUAAGUCAGAAUGCAAAUAUGACACUAUAACAUCGACAUCCUACAAGCCAAUGGUAACAUGUGAAGAUGAAAAACCAGUAGAGAAAUUAGAUGUCGCUGAGAAGGUAAAUACCACUGAUCCCAAUUAUAGCAAAGAAGUAGAUAUCGAUGAUUCCCAAGGAAUCCAAAGAGCAAGGAGCAUCCAAGAGGAUAUGGCUGUAGAAAUCUCUGAAAUUGAACAGAUUCAUGAAGACAAUGUCACAGAUUACUCUAAAUCAAUCACUGGCCAAGACACAUGUCCUGAUCUUCAAAAUCUGGAUCUUCCCAGAGCAGAUGUCCAAAAACCCACUGUCCUAAGGUGCUCAAUAAAACCAUCUGGGUAUGACAAACCCCACUGGGUAGACCUAAGUUCUGGAGAAGAAUUCUGAUGACCCUCCAAAAAUUGGAAAAGCUGUUUUUCCUAUGAAAGAGCAUUAUUGGAAACUUCAUCAGAAGCAUCCACAGCCAUGCUUGUGAGCACUUUAAUCCUUGCAAUACAGUGGGACUUCAUAUAGCUUGAUGGUGUAAAACCUGAGAUGAGCACUUGUAAAUGUCAAAGAACUGGACUGAAGCUACACUCCUGUAGAUACUUGGUAAAAAUAAGUCUUAUUGCAUUCAUUCCAUUUUGAAUAGGUAUUCGUAAGAUUCUAAUAGAAUGGUUUCAUGAUAUGCCAAGAAGCUGCCUUGAUAUACUUUUAUUAAGGAGCCGGUAUUUUCUAAAUAUGUUAAGACUAUAAAUCCUAUCAUUCUUUCCUAGUGGUCUUGAUGAUUGUGUGCUGGAAUAACUAGAGAGCACUAUUCUGCCCUUUGUUCUCAGAGCAAUUAUUUUUCUCCUGCCAAAAGUAUAAAGACGGUUAAAGAUAGAGGGAUUAAUUGACAAGAGGCUUCUGUCCAUAUUGAUUAUUAGAAAAGACUGGGAAUAUUACAAACGUAGUUUACUAUAUGUAGUAAGGGCAGUUUGUGCAGUUGGCUUUUUGCUGAUGGGAGAAAAAUACAAAGAGUCCAACUUUUAAAGGAAUACUAAAAAAGCAUACGUUUCAGCUAAGGCAUUACCGUUAAGAACUUGGGAAGACCAUAGUAAGUAAAUGGAGCUAUGUUGUAAUCAAGGACUUUCACUUUAUGUAAAAAGGCUUACUGGUUUCUGCAUGUGUUAGAUCUGUACACUAUAUAUGACUCAUAAGUGUAUGAACAUAUGUUAUCUUUACAGAUAUGGAAAAUACUUGCAUCAUUUAUAGCAAAUAAUUGGGCCACGGUAAAUACUUGGGCCAUUUGUUUAGUGCCUAUAUUUACAGUAUACAUUUUGCCAGGUGAUUAUUAAUCUUCACUUUGCGUUGGAAAGUGUUAAACAAGUAGUUUACAGCUGUGACACAUGAAAUGGCCCGCCACCAUUAAGGCUCUUGUUUCUACAUACAGUCCAUAAAUUCAGGGAGAUAUAAUCACCUACCUAAACCUGGUAUCUCCAAAAGUGCAAUUCCCAGAAUCCUUUGUUGUUGUUGUUAAUUGCGAAGUCGUGUCUGACCCAUCGCGACCCCAUGGACAACGUUCCUCCAGGACUUCCUGUCCAUUUAAGUUCACACCUAUUGCUUCAGUGA